AUGAUCAAUGCAGCUUGGAUUGCUCUUGGCUUCUUAGCCAUCGUUCUGUUGGCCAGGGGCCUCAAGGCCAGUCAGAGAGAUGCGAAAAUGCCCCCCGGUCCCCCGGGGCUUCCGCUGCUUGGGAACUUGCAUGAACUGCCCUGGUCUAAAUCAUAUCUGAAAAUGCUGGAGUGGAGCCGGAAAUACGGAGACAUCUACUCGCUCAAGCUGGGAUCCACGAACGUGAUUGUCCUGAGCAGUGCAGAUGUCGUCACUGAGCUGUUCGAUAAGCGGGGAGCAAUCUAUUCCAACCGACCGGACAGCUAUAUUGCUAACGAGCUACUGUGCCCGAAUGAAACCCAUCUCUUGCUGAUGAGCUACGGCCCAGCCUGGCGCCAUCUCCGCAAAACCUUCAUGUCGGUCUUGAACAUUUCUACCGUCCAGACGCUGCGCACCUUGCAGGGUAUUGAGGCGUCGCAGACGAUGAAGGACCUAUGCGAUACCCCCGAACGCUUCUCUCAGCAUAUCCGUCGAUAUGCGACGGGGGUAAUUCUGUCCUCUGUAUUCGGCACCCGUGCUGAAAGCUUUGACGAUCCGAAUGUCAAGGAGAUUUAUCGCGUCCAAGAUCAGUUCUCUGAGAUUUUAGAGCCCGGCAAUACACCGCCGGUCGAUGCCUUCCCCUGGCUCCAGUAUCUGCCGUCGGGCCUGGCGAGCUGGAAGCAGCGGGCCGCAGAAGUGUAUAAAGGCCAGCAUGAUCUUUAUCACGGGCUGCUCAACGGGACCAAGCGCCGAAUUGCGAACGCGGGCUACGUCAACUGUUUCAUGGACCGAUUACUGUCGGAUGAAGAAAAGGCGAAACACAAUCUGGACGACGAGCACUUGGCCUUUUUGGGUGGCGUCAUGAUGGAGGCAGGCUCCGAUAGCACGAGCUCCACGCUACUCUCCUUUAUUCUCGCUAUGGUGAAAUACCCGCAUGUAUUGAAGAAGCUCCAGGCUGAAAUUGAUGCGGUCUGUGGUGACGAGCGAAGCCCAACCUUCGAGGAUAUGCCCAGCUUGCCUUACGUGCAGGCAUGCGUCCUUGAGACAAUGCGGUGGCGCCCUGCUGUGCCUGCAGCAUUCCCCCACGUCCUCACUCAAGACGACUGGUAUCGGGGCUACUUCCUUCCGAAGGGCUCCAUGGUUAUUGCAAAUGUGACGGCCAUUCAUCAAAACCCUAACGACUACGAAGACCCCAGCCAAUAUAUGCCAGAGCGCUACUAUAAGAAUGAACAUGGUCUCAAGCCUGGCAGAGUUGCUGAUCCUGCACGGCGCAGUGUAUACACAUUCGGUGCCGGACGGCGAGUCUGUCCUGGAAUGCAUCUUGGAGAAAACUCCCUGCGAAUUAACAUGGCGAGACUAGCAUGGGGGUUUGACUUCCUGCCACCCCUUGACUCCGUCACUGGGAAGGAAGCUCCCCGGGAGCAAAUUCCGGUCGACGUCAAAUCUGCGUACACUGAUGGCGUUUCGUCAGGGCCCAAGGAUUAUAAGUGUCGCAUUGUGCCUCGAAGCCGGAAGCAUGUAGAAAUCAUGCGGAAGGACUUGGAACUGGCGGGCCCUGAAAUAGAUCAGUAUAGGAAGCAGUGAUGAAGUGCGCAGGAAGCGAAUUAUUGAUUUGAGAAUAGAGACCGCGCGACAAAUUGAACCUGCCUUACCUAUUCACCGUUCAAUUCUUGGGUUCAUAUUGUAUAUAAACGAAAUCAAUUGGUACCCAUUCCAAUCCCGCUUUGGUAGCUGUCUCUCCACUGACAGUCGGAUUUCCCAGCAUUAUAG